AUGCGCACGUUUGUGGAGGGUGACGGAAGAGGUAUUGCAAAAGCCUUUUACGAUGAUCAAAAUCGGGAGCUCCAAUCUGAAGCUGGCCUUGGGUUGGUUCCAUACCUAAUCUGGAGGUCAACUUCCACAAUGUCCUCUGUUUUUGCACGAGAAGAUACGAGAUCUCUUUAUGCUACACUCCAAUGGGAUGGGCAAAGGAUACUGCAGUGCACAUUGCCGAACUUGAAAGAGUUUGUGUGGCACAAUGUUGAUAUGGAUCUUCUCUUGGUGAGUGAUGCCCAUAUCAAUACUAUGUUUUCGAAGUCUCAGUACGAUGGCUAUCAAGUGGAGUCUAUUCAGUUUUUUCAGGAGAUCAUCUCUAUCGAGACAGUCUUUUUGGAUUUUCGUCUUUUGCUAGACAUCGAGCUUUCGAUUUUUUCUUCUACGGGGAGUAUAUGCUAUUAUGCUUCUAUGACGGCUUUUACAUGCAUCUAUAAAGGCAAACAACGACAAACAUAUCGCAGUCUAUGUAAGGAGCAGCCCCAAUAUUGA